UCUGAGCGAAAGUGGCGUUUAGCCAAUCAGGAGCGGCCACAAUGUGUUUGGAAACAAUACUGUUCCUGUAAAGUCCCGUUCGACGGACCGCAUACGGACAGUUCUAGACGCUGCUCCGGCCGUAAAGUUUGUCAGCUCAAGAGAAGGUUUGCUUUUGUUCCAGCCUUUCUUACCAGCAUAUUUUUAUAAAAACGCGUCACUAUUCCUGAGUAGCGUUGUUGUAGCGAAUACCUCCACCCAGUUCUCGUAACCGCAUCAACUGACUCAAAAGUGAAAAUGGAUUUAGAAGAUUCUCAACAAAAGACGACCAGUCUUCUCGUUAAAACGCCUAACCAGGCUCAGGAGGACCAGAUUAUUGAUGGCGUCGACAUGAAGUGGACUGUAAAGGACCUUAAGGCUCAUUUGUCGAGGGUUUACCCAAGCAAACCGGCAGUAAGUGACCAGAGACUGAUCUUUGCUGGCAAGCUUCUGCCUGAUCAUUUGCACAUCAAAGAUCUUUUCAGACAGCUGGACUCCAUUCCCACUUUGCACCUGGUGUGCCCCAUGAGGAAUCCACCCCAAGCAGCAACAAAGACCAAAGAGGCAGAACAACCACAUCCUUCCAGUUUGAGCCCACCUGUUGAGACCCCCAGCACACCAGAGCUCAGGCAGAGGAGACAGACUUCUUCAACGACUUCUACUCAGAGCCACAUGCAGACGCCUGGAGCUCCAACAUGGCCGGCGUCAACACCCGCUGCAGCAUCCCAGCUGACCCAGCCAGCCUUUCCUGCCUUAUCUCUGUACAGCCCCCAGCAGCUCCUGUGGCUCCAACAUGUUUACGCGAGACAAUAUUACAUGCAGUACCACGCAGCCAUGGCAGCGGCAGGCUCUGUUCCCCCGACGCCGGUGGCAACCAUUGGCCAAUACCCACCUCUACCUGCCCACCAAGUUCCUGUCCCAGCCCCUUUGGCCAAUCAGAACCCCAUUGAUAACCUGCCAGUGAAUCAGAACCCGGUGCAGGACGCCGCUUUCAUCAACCCGGGGGAGGCCAAUCAGAACAUGCGAAUGAACGCACAGGGCGGGCCCGUAAUGGAGGACGAGGAGGACGUGGAGCGCGACUGGCUGGACUGGUUGUACUCUGCGGCAAGACUCAGCGUCCUGCUCAUGAUCGUUUACUUCAACUCCAACCUGAGCCGCUUUCUGCUGGUGAUGAGCACGCUGCUCGUCAUGUAUCUACACACUAUGGGCUGGUUUCCCUUCAGAAGGCCAGCACCGGUUCAAGCACCCAACCUCCAGCCCCCUGAGGUCCAACACAACCAGCAGAAUGAGGACAGGAAUCCUGAGCACAAUCUUGCCGAAGAACCAGCUGAUGGACAGAUUGUGGACCACGCAGCUGAGGAAUCUGAGGAGCCGAUGAUGGCAGUUUUGGUUCCUCCUCACAGGGUGUCUGUCAUGUGGACAGCCUGGGUCUUCUUUAAAACUUUCUUCUCCUCCCUUAUACCUGAGGUUGCUCAGGGCAUGGCGAACUGAGCUCCUGAGGAGGCAGCGUUUGGUUUAUAAUGGCAACUGGAGAGCAUGCUGGGAUCCUAGAAGCUGCUGAAGCAGCAGGAAGUGGCAAACCGAAUACCAGCACAAUGAGACUUGCCAAAAAAAAAUGGACGGUACCAAAAGACUGAAAGCUGGCAGUUUCUCUUUGCUAGUUUCAGGUUUCUAUCCCAGCACCAUGUUUAAUGCUUCAUCAGAAGGUAACAGACACAAGGUGGAACCUGAAGGUAAAGGAAGGAAAGUCUUUGCUUUUUGUGAUUUCUCUUUUAGUAUGAGGAAUUUUUUUUUUUCCAAAAGCAUUCGAGUUUCAUUAGAUCUAAAAGAGAGAAAAAAAAAGAGUUGUAUGUGACCAGUAAGUUUGUCACAUACAUAUACUCCUGAAUCUGUUUUUAGAUUCUCUGAAAGAACAUUGCGUUAGCACAUUUUUAACAGAGGUGGUUUUCACUUUUAAGCUUUUUGCCACUACGGAGGCAAAGGAACUCACUCAAUGGACCUUCUGGAAACCGACUAAAGUAAUAAAAAAUCAGCUUGUUAGUCUGUGAUUGCAGGUGAUUUUCAGGAGUGCCACACUAUAAACUUUAAGUUAUAAUUGGAAUACAAUUUAUUUCAAGAAAACUGAAGAAGAAAUUCAUAUUUCGGAUUAAGCGCGGGGUGGGGGGGUUGAUCCCAGAUUACUUUUUUCCACCUCUUUCAUUCCACUCUUAAGGCUUUAAGGUGGAUUCUUUUUAUUGAAAAUGCAAAUAUUUUUAUGUAAUUGAUUUGAAAGUAGCUUAUAACAGCAUGUUAAAAAAAACAAACUGUAUAUAUAUAUUUUUUUUUGUGUGUCCACAACACACUUUACAUGUAACAUCUAUCAUAUGCAAGCUUCAACAUAUAGGUUAUGACUCAUGACCUUUUAGGGCUCAGAACCUUUCACACAUAAAUAGUUGAAAUUACAGAUCAAAUUCAAUAUAAAGAAGCAAACUAUAUUGUGAAAAAAUUAUAUUAGGAGGACUCUCAGCUUUUUGUUGAUGUGUUUUUCUGGUAGUAUUCCAGAUUAUAUGAUUCAAUACACUAUUCCUCUUUCUGAUAUUUUAUAUAAUUAUGUUGAAUGGGAAAUGAUCAGAUACAAAUGACUUUAGUACUUCAUUCUUUCGCAUGAAUUUUGGUCUGUAAUAGUAAAUAGGUUUUAUAAUCUUGUCUCUGUAAAGCCUUGAAGUAACAUUUAAGUAAGCAGAAUGAAAGGUCGUUGUAUAAUCUUGUAUAUUUUCUGUACCUUAACUUAAUGCUUGUAUCUCCUGUGUGGGGAGGAAAGAAGACUGUGGCAAAGGUCACUGUGUAUAGUGGACAUUUUUAUCUUUAUUUUUGUUCCAACCUUAAAAUGGCCCUUGCAAUGGAAAAGUUUCUUAUAAAAGAUGCAAUAAAUGUUUGUAUGUCAAAUAA